ACGUUUUACAGUGCGUCUCAAAAAUUUUGAGACACUGUACAGAAAAUUGAAAAGUUAACUACAAAAUUCUUUUGUUAUUUCAGAUAGCAAGAGCAACCGAUAUACAGCCACGCAGGACGGGCUUGGGGACAGAAUGUCCGCCAAGAGGAGUAAGAUAAUACUCCCAGGGGAGAUGUCAUCCGAGGAGGAGGGGAGCACGGGCCCCGACGACAACGAGGGAACUUCGGGUCUGCAAAAGGAGAUUGCAGACCUGAAGUGCGAAAGAGCGGCCAUGGCACAGCAGCUAGAGUGCCAGCAGCUGCUCAUCCAGCAACUGCAGCAGAAGCUAGCGUUGCUAGAGGAGACGGUCCGCUCUGGGCCGACACCAGCUCAGCAGCAACGAAUUCACCAACAGCAACGAAUUCACCAACAACAGCAAGAACAACAAGAACAGCAUCAACAACAGCAACCGCAACAACAGGAACAGCAGGAAGCCCUCGCAAUGGACAUCGUGGGAUCCCCUGCAUCCUUCCCUGAGGUCAUCAUCGAUGAGGACCCCUUCAACUUUGUCCGGAGCCGGAAAAGCAUAAAGAAAAGUAAGGUUAGUGCGAAAAUUGUAACCGCCCCACCACAGCCACCACAGCCAUCCGCAAAUCCUUCCCCGUCCUUGAAAACCAAGAAAGUUAAAAUUCCAGCCAUUACCGACUACAAUUUAAACGUGCCCCAUUUCCUCCGACUAAUUAAAGCCAAGGGAUUGAAAGCAUCCCUAAAAAACACGAGGGCGGAUACGCCCAACGUGCCACUGCCCAAGUGUUGAUUGACAGUCUGAAAGCAGACCUAUACUGCGUCUCAGAAACUCAUCUCAAUAGCAGGCAUAACGUGCAAUUCACCGGGUAUAAUAUUAUCCGGAACGACAACAACACUGGCGCUGCCCUUUUAGUCAGAAAAGACUAUGAAUUUGAGGAAGUCGUUAUACGAAACCUGCUCACCUCUUCCGCUACGGCGGCAAUAGUAAAAACUACUGAUGGCAGACGGAUUUUGGUAGUUUCCGUCUAC